AGAAACGACUUGGGAGUGGCCCAUURUCAGGAGUAGCAUUAUCUGYCACUUUAAAUCAAAAUGGAAAAACGAAAAGAGUUUGUGUGCGCUACUUACGUWCUCAAGCAAAGAUGGAAAGUUUUCUCAAUGAAGCUAAAGUAGCAUCUAAGCUGAUUCAUCCCAACAUUCUCAAGCUAUAUGGAGUCAUAGUCUUUGGUCCUUAUGUCAACUCUAUUGCACUGGUGAUGGAGUUUGCCCCUAAUGGCAACAUUGUGGAGUCAUUGAGUUUGGUUUCUGUCAAGAGCUUCUGUAAAAUAAUACCCCAAAUCAUUAGUGUCAUACAGUUUUUAGACAGCAAGGGAUUAGUUCACUUUGGAUUGAAGGAAUUUGCUGUUUUUAUCUUUUCUCCUACUUUGAUCAAAAUUGGAGGAUUUCAUAGYUGUGGUAAAAAGUCAUCCUUGCCACAUUGGUACAUGAAGAAAGGUUACUCGUUAAGCACAAGAGGCAUGGUCAAUUGGUUUGCAUCUUUUGUGGAACGAAUUUUCUUUUUGCUUGAAAGAUCUCGGCCUGAAGAGAUAAUUUUUAAAGAUACUUCCAGYAAAAAAAUUAAGACUGUAAGAAAUCUUUGUCCAAGUGUUCUGAUCCCUUUGCUGAAAAGAUGCAAAUCAACCAAAGACACAAGACCUGUUCCUACCUUUGAUGAGAUCUUUGAUGUCUUGCUCAGUAAAGAUUUCCCACCCAUGGUCCAAAUGACURCAAACUUCAAAUCACAUCACCCUGGUGAUAUUUCAGUCAACAAAGAUGAGAAAGUUCUUGUAAUAUCCAAAUCUAUGACUAGUGAACACCAUCAGCACUCACAUAACUUAUGGUUAGGAGAGAGAGAAGAUGGAAAGGUUGGCUUGUUUAAUGGAAACCUGUCAAUUCCAAUUAGUGUAACAGAAAUACUUACUGAAACUGAUGUAACAGAUAUCAGUUCUGAGGAAGACACACAAGUGCCAGCAGAGAUCAAGGCACGUGGGCUGAGAGCUGAGCUUGCUUACCAAAGAGCGUUAAAACAUGGCAAAGUAGUUGUGAAUCGAGGCCGAAUCAUGCUUGUUGGUCAAGAAAGAGCUGGUAAAACUAGUCUUAAGAAGUCUCUUCUUGGGCUGCCAUUUGAUCCUAGAGAAGAGAGUACAGUUGGUGUUGAAGUUGAUCCAUCUUCAAAAUCCCAGACAAUAGUCAGUAUAUGGGACUUUGCAGGCCAGCAUCUUUACUAUGCUUCACACCCUGUGUUUUUGUCUCCAAGAGCUGUUUAUUUAUUGGUCUAUAAUCUUAGUAAAGAUCUUGCUUCCGAAGCAGAGCCAUGUGUAAGACAAGGUGCUUUUGACAUUUUCUUAGAAAAUGCUGAUAAGCAGACCAACCUAGAAGCAAUUCUCUCAUGGUUGGCCUCAAUACACAGCAUUCGACCAAUCAGUGACCAGGAAGAGGAAGCUGAAAGUAGUGAUUCCAUGAAGGUUCCUGGAAAUUGUCUAUACCUGCGACCUCCAGUGAUUGUAGUUGGCACCAAUGCUGAUCGGCCUUUUGCUGAGCCCAAGAAAAUGGAAAUAGUCAUCAAAAAGAGCCUGUCUGGAAAAAGCUUUCAGCAACAUUUGGUGAAGCCAUUCUUCACUGUGAAUAACACUCUAUCAUCAGCUGACGAUGGAAUACAACGCUUGCAGUCAAGGAUUAUUGAAGUAUUGGAAAAGGARCCCUACAUGGGAGAGCAUAUACCUGUCAGAUGGCUUAUCUUUGAGAGGGUGAUCAAAGCCUUGGUGGACAAGAARACUCAUUAUCUGCYGYUGCCAGACCUGGAAAAGAUYGUCAUGGAMGUUUGCUUUAUAGAGGAAAGUGAUGAAAUCCAUGCCAUGUUAGACUAUUAUCAUGAUCUUGGUGUCAUCACCAAACAUGGCGAUACAGUGGUUCUCCAUUCUCAGUGGCUUAUUGAUCUGUUUAGAAAGUUGAUYACUGUCAGACCUUAUGAUGAUCAGAAYCCCAUGUAUGAGGAACACUGGAAUGACCUUGAGGAAAGUGGAAUUCUGCACAUGGAGCUUGUUGAGCAUGUUUUUAGUGAACUUCUAGAUAGYGGMCAAAGUAGAGAMGAUCUUCUUGGAAUGAUGGAACAUUAUGGACUGAUUGCUGGGUUCAAGAAAGAUGCUGACAUUCGUUACUUUGURCCUGCUCAGCUACGAUCAUCUCCAGAUGARUUAUUAGAUAUUCAGCCAUCACCCGUCGGACCAUGCGCACUGUAUGUGCAUUUUAUUGAUGGUUUUGUCCCACAUGGUUUAUAUUCUUUGUUUGUGUCUAAAUUCAUUGCCUGGUGUUCCACAUCUCAGGAUGGUAGUCAACAUGAGCCAAAUCUGUACCGAAAUGUCUCGCGUUUCAUUCUCGGGAAAUCUUCGGAUUACGAACUGAUAAUCAUCUGUAGGAAGCGAUUCAUCAAGGUCGUUCUAUGCAACCUUCAAGAGAACAAGUCAUGUCUGUACCAAAGGAGGUACAAGGGGUAUGAAGCACCGAAAAACCUCGAUUUUGCAAUAGUUAAGUCUUCGAUAAACUCUUCGAUGUUUAAAAGACUGAGGCACGACAUUUUGCAUGGACAAACUGAAAAGGAAAGUUUCACUGACUUUGAUCGGCUCUACUUGUCUCUGUCUGAGAAAGAAAUCCCAGGUUUCUUUCCAGAGCUCUGUUUUGAGCAUGGAGUACAAUCCCUUGAUGACCUGAAACAACUUGUGUCAACUACCACAAGCAAAAAAAUAGGGAUAAAUCAUUCAGGCAAACUAAAAGAAGCAUGUCGCUUGUCAUCAGACAAAAAAACUGACUUCAAUAAACUAGCUAAGAAACAUGGCAAAUUUGACUACGAGACAGAGCUUGCAAAAGAAGGKGUACCCAUCAUCCCAUUGUCUGACAUCACAGUCCAAAAACGACUUGGAACUGGCCCAUUGUCAGGAGUAGCCUUGUCAGCCACUUUGAACCAAAAUGGGAAAACAAUUAGGGUUUGCCUGCGUUAUCCUCGAAGCCGUCAUCAGCUGGAAGGUUUUCUCAACGAAGCUAAAAUGCUAUCCAAACUAGCCCAUCCAAAUAUACUCAAACUACAUGGGGUAGUAGCGCUUGGUCCUUAUGUUGACUCUAUUGCACUGGUGAUGGAGUUUGCUCCCAAUGGUAACAUUGUAGAGUCCCUGAAUUUGGUUACUGUCAAGAACUUCUGUAAAAUAAUACCACAAAUCUUGACUGUUCUUCAUUUUGUGGACACCAAGGGAUAUGUUCAUUGUAGAUUGAGUGAAUUUGCUGUGUUCAUCUUUUCUCCUAAUUUGAUUAAAAUUGGUGGAUUUGGUGGCUGUGUGAAAAAAAGCUAUUUUCAUGACAAGAAGAAUGUGGUGCAGGAUAAAUAUGGCRCUGCAAUGCACUUGAUAGGUAACCCAUCAAUCAAAGGUACAGAAGGAAUGAUAGGCUGGUUUGCUGUUUUUGUGGAGAGAAUUUUCUUUYUGCUGGAAAGACAGCGUCCUCAAGAGAUUGCCUAUAGAAACCAUAAAGAUAAAAAUGUACGUUUUAGUCAUUACUGUCCAGAGGUUUUAAUGCCUUUGCUGAAAAAAUGUUGGUUGCACAAGGACACCACUGUUCCUUCUUAUGAAGAAAUCUUUGAAGUUUUGCAAARGAAAGAUUUUCCACCCAUGGUUGAAAUGAUGGCAGACACCAAAGCACAGCAYCCUGGUGAUAUUUCAGUUAAGAAAGAAGAACAUGUUGUUGUUAUUUCCAAGUCUUUGAGCAGUGAGCACCACAAGCCUUCAGAUAAUUUCUGGUUAGGAGAGGCGGAGGAUGGAAGAGUUGGUUUGUUUGAUGGAAAUCUGGCAAUUCCAAUCAUCGACACAGAUAUUGUCAGUGAUGCAACAGAUGCUGAUUGUGAAGAAGGAACACAAAUACCAACAGAGAUAAAGGCACGAGGACCGAGGGCAGAACUUGCUUAUCGCAGGGCAUUAAUGCAUGGUAAAGUAGUUGUGAAUCGAGGCCGUAUCAUGCUUGUUGGACAAGAAAGAGCUGGUAAAACUAGUCUUAAGAAGUCUCUUCUUGGGCUGCCAUUUGAUCCUAGAGAAGAGAGUACAGUUGGUGUUGAAGUUGAUCCAUCUUGCUGCAGUGUUGAUGUUGACAAUGUCAAGAAUUGGCAGAGGAUGACUGACUCCACUCACACGGACUUUGCUGAUAAUAUUGCAAGAUUGAUUGCUGAUGAUCUGAAGAAAGAUGAAAAUGAAGAACAAGAAGCAAAACAAGAGGAUACGAAUGAGAAAAAAGAGAGUGAUCAUACAGAAAUAGUCCAACAAACAGUAAAUGAGGAAGAUCACACUGAUACUAAUGACGUCGAUAGCACAAACAAAAAUAUAGAUGUUCCAUUAGAAGUUUCUGAUAAUCCARCUAUCUCAGAAACACAUGAAAUUCUCGAAGACAGUCCAAGUCAAGCACCAAAACAAGAUUCUGUCCCGGAAGAUAUCACUGAAAAAGUGGUUCACUACUUGCAAGGACUACAUCUUGAUGAUUCCUCAACAAAGUCCCAGACAAUAGUCAGUAUGUGGGACUUUGCAGGCCAACAUCUUUACUAUGCUUCACACCCUGUGUUUAUGUCUCCAAGAGCUGUUUAUUUAUUGGUCUAUAAUCUUAGUAAAGAUCUUGCUUCCGAAGCAGAGCCRUGUGUAAGACAAGGUGCCUUUGACAUYCUCUURGARAAUGCUGAUAARSAGACMAACCUAGAAKCAWUACUSUCAUGGUUGGCCUCAAUACACARCAUUCGACCAAUCAGYGACCAGGAWGAGGAAKYKRAAAGUAGUGASUCCAWRAAKRUUCCUGRARAUUGUCCAUACCUGMRACCUCCAGUGAUURUAGUUGGYACCAAUGCYGAUCRGCCUUWUGCWGARCCCAAGAAAAUGGAAAUAGUCAUCAAAAAGAGCCUGUCUGGAAAAAGUUUUCAGCAACAUUUGGUGAAGCCAUUCUUCACUGUGAAUAAUACUCUGUCAUCAGCUGACAAUGGAAUACAACGCUUGCAGUCAAGGAUURUUSAAGUAUUGGAAAAGGARCCCUACAUGGGAGAGCAUAUACCUGUCAGAUGGCUUAUUUUCGAGAAGGUAUGUGGCGAUUUUAYAUGUGAUUUACUUGUUAGCUAUAAUGUUGAUGAAAUUUGUAUUGCUCAUUAA